CUGAGAGGCUUCUGACCUUAAUAUAGGAUAAACUAAGGUUCCUUUAUGUUUAUUUCCUCAGGUCCAUAAUGUGAGAUCCUUGCAGGAAAGUUCUGGAGGAACAAUGAGUGGACUAGAAACCCCCAUAUCAGAGAAUGUUGAAGACAGGAUAAGAGGCCGCCAUGGACAUCUUAUAUCUCCUUGUUAUAAAGUAGAGGAUGAUCAAUCACAGAUCGGCAAAAAUAGAACCGGACUUGGGCUGGGUAAAAAAUUAGCAAAUUCUGAAUGUGGAAACAACUUUAAAGAUAAAUCUUAUCUUUACAAACAAGAGAGAACUUACAUAGAUGAAAUGCCAUUUUCAUAUUCAGAAUGUGGGAAAUAUUUUAGUGAAAAACAAAGUCUUGGGAAACAGACAAUGUAUACAGGAGAGAAGCCACUGUCAUGUUCAGAACUAGAGAAUUUACACCUUGUUAAAAGUCAGAGAACUCACACAGGAGAGAGGCCAAACUUAUGUUCAUCAUGGAGGAGACACUUUAGUGACAAAUCAAAUUUUCCUAGACGUCAGACGAUUCCUACAGGGGGGCAACUAUUUUCAUGUUUAGAAUGUGGAAAAUCUUUUAGUGAGAAAUCAAGUCUUGUUAGACACCAGGAAACUCACACGGCAGAAAAGCCAUUUUCAUGUAUUGAAUGUAGGAAAUGUUUUAGUGAGAUUGUAGAUCUUGUGGCCCAUCAGAGAGCUCACACAAGAAGGAAGACCUUUUCAUGUUUUGAAUGUGGGAAAUGUUUUAGUCAGAAAUCAAAGCUUGUGAAACAUCGGAGAAUUCACACAAAGACUUUUUCAUGUCCUGAAUGUAACAAAUGUUUUGCUUCAAAAUCAGAUCUUUUCAAACAUCAGAAAUAUCACAUAGGGGAGAAGCCCUAUUUAUGUUUUGAAUGUGGAAAAUGCUUUAGUUUUAAAUUUAGCUUUGUUAUACAUCAGAGAACUCACAAAGUGGAAAAGCUGUAUUCAGGUCUUGAUCCUGGAAAAAGUUUUAGUCCCAAAUCAAAUCUUGGUGAACAUCGGAGAACUGGCAAAGCAAAGAGGUCAUUGUCAUGUGCAGUAUGUGGGAAAUUGUAUAAGUAUAAACGAAGACUUGCAAGUCAUCUAAGAAAUCACACAAUGGGAAAGCCAUAG